UCCCUGUAUGAUGCAUACCCAUUUCCCAGCCUGGGGUGGAGGCUACCCGUGGGUAUUGGGGAAGAAGAGGGCAGAGCCUGGGGUGAAGAUGCGUCAGGAAGAGACAGGGGAAGAGGAAGUGUCUUGCGCCUCAAGAAAGACUGGCUUGUCUUAGUGUGUGGGGACGGUCAUUGUCGACUCUCAGGACAGAGACAGACAGGAUGGACUUCCUUCGGCUACACCUCCCUGGGCUGCAUCAGGCCUUGAGAGGGGCACUGGAUUCCUUCAGCACCUUUGUCUCGUACCUCAUGGGAGAUGAGGUCCCCACUGCAGAAGGGAGAGAGGCUCAGGCAGCCAAGGAACUAGGGGAGGUGGAUACAGGGAGGCCAAAGAGGGCUGCGGAGAAGGAGGAAGCUCAGGAGGCCCUGGAGCACCUUGGAGGCAGCAGAAAGGAGGGGAAUGGAGGGCUGAGUGGGCCUGCAGAGGUCGGAAGACACCAGGAGGAAAGUAUAGCUGCAGAACAGACCUGGGGUUGGGGAGGAGGCAGCUCCCAUGGGUCCCAAGCAGGCAGACAGGACACUGGGGCCUGGGAAGCAGCCAAGGUUGCCAGGUGCCAGGAGCUGAGUGCCCCCUCAGAGGCUGAGAAGUCUCAGGCGGGGUCUGUGGUUGGCAGAGACAGGAGCUGCCAAGCCCAGGAGAGGCAGGAGCCUGGUGAGCAGGAAGUGAACACAGAGGAGAGACUGAGAACCUGGGAACAGGUGGAGGAGGAGGAAGAGGUCAGGGCAAGAGAGCCAGAGGUGGCCGAAGGGGAGGAGUCAGGAUGGACCCAGCACAGGGAGCCUGAGGGGAAGGCUGGUGUUGGGUGGCAAAACGAAGCAAAGGAUGGCAAGGAGGCAGAGCAGGUGGUCAAAGAGGCAGUUGCAGAGGAGACCCAGGCGCCUGAGGCCAGAGGGCCUGAGAGCGAAGAAGAGGUGGUGGUAGUGGUGAGGGGUGACCAAAUCACAGGGGCCCAGGAGCCACAGGGCCCAGGGACAGAGCCCGAGGUCUGGGUGACCUCAGGCAGGGAGGAGGUCAGAGCAACCUCAGGUAGUGAGGAGGCCUGGACAACCUCAGGCAGGGAAAAGGCUGACCAUCCAGCAGUCAGGGAGACAGAAUUUGGGGCAGUCCCUGGAGAAAGGACCCCAGAGGGUACUGAGAGUAUCUGGGCCCUAGAUGAGGCCUCCAGGGGAGACUGGGAGGAAGAGGUGGAUGAGAAGAGAGAGGUUGAAGAGAGCCUUUUCCCCAGACAGACCCAGGCCCUGGGAGCUGAGAGAGUGGAAGAAGGGGCUGGGGGUCAGACGGCAGGGAGGGAGGCUGCAGGAGCCCUGGGGUCAGAGGAGGAGGUAGAGGAAGGCUUUGAGGACCAGGCUGACCAGAGCAGGAAAGAGGGUAAGGGGAGGCAAGACUCAGAGAUUAGGGCUGAUCAGGCCAGGCUGGAGGAGGUCGUACAGGCAGAGGAGGCCAAGGAAGAGAAAGGGAGUGGCUGGGCCGCAGAGGUCCAGUUGCCCCAGGACAAAGAGGCAAAAGGGGCUCAAGGUGAUGCUGACUUAGAGACAACCCCAGAGGCCAGGUCUGAGAAGGUGUUCACAGGGCAGGAAAGUGAGAAGGAGGCUCAGACAGGCGGAGAAGCACUGAGGGUGGGGUGGGGAGGCCUUGAAUGUGAACUAACUGAAGGCCAGGAACCUGAGCUGAUGCUAGGGGCCCAGUCCCCAACAAAGAAACCUGAGGGAGGACAGGGGGUUAAGGAAGAACUCUGGAGAGCUCCAGCCUUGAGCAAAGAGGAAACAGAAGGGAAACUGGAGGAAGAUUCCAGGUACUUAGAGAAUGUACAGCCUGAUAUCCAUGUCUCUGAGGGAGAAGCCUGGAGAAACCAGAGGAGAAGGGAUGUGGAGACAGGAAAUAGCCAGGAGAAAGCAGAUGCUGAGGAGGCUGGGGAGGAGGCUGCAGGAGGCCAGGCUCUGGAGGCUGAGGCCGAAAGAGGCCAAGAGUCUGAACUACUGGCAAUUGCAGAGGCAGAUAGGGAAUGGAAGAAAGCAAAGGACACUGGGCGUGGGACAGAGGAGAACGAGGCCCUGGAAGCAGAGAAUCGGGAGCCAGGUGGGAGCCGAGGGGCAGGAGCAUGGGCAGGCCAGUCACUGGAAGAUUCAGAAGCCAAGGAUGUGGAGGUAGAGGUUGUGGUACCGUGGGGAACAGACAGAGCACCUGGGAGAGAAUGGAGGCUGGAGGAGGUGGCGCUGAACCUCCAGGACAGCGAGGACGUGCAGACCAGAAUUUCUUUGGCUACAAAGAUUGUGGAAGAUAAGGCAGCCCAGGGUGUAAAAGAGACCGGGGUGGAGGAAGGGCCAGAAGAGGAGGCUGGGAAUACCUGGGAGAGGGAGUUCAAGAGAGGGUGGGACUCAGAGGAGAGAGAGGAGGCUGGAGGAGAUGGGGAGCUGCCUGAGGCCCAGCAUGGGGAGGCUACAGAGGGAGAGGUCAGAGGUGGGCAGGAGUUCAGCCUGGAGAGCUCGGCAAAGGAGGGGGUGACUGGCAGAGGUCACCAAGCAGAGGCUUUUGAGGCCAAGGAGGGAGAGUCUGAGGUUGGGGAAUCUGCAGUGGCAGAAGGAAGCUGGAAGAUGGAUCACUUUACCUCAGGCUCUCAUGUGGUGACAGCAGAGGGGACUGUGGCCAUGGGGGAGGCUGAGGGGCUCCCAGGAGAGCAGACAGUGGAGAGAACAGAGGUUGGGGUGUGGGAAGCAAUGGAGCAGAGGGUAGACAGUGAGGGGCAAUGUGGGGACCCUGAGGGAGGGGCACAAAGGCCCCUUGAUUUGGAGGAUGUUGAGGUGGCUGGAGGCCACAGGCCGGAGGCUGAGGAGGCCGGGGAAGCCAAGGAAGCCAGGAAAGGCAAGGAGGCCAGGGAAGCCAAGGAAGCUGGGGAAGCUGAGGACAUCACCGAACCUGAGGAGCCUGGGAAGCCUGGGGAAGCCAAAGAGGCUGAGGAGGCAGGGGAAGCUGGGGAGGCCAGGGAAGCCAAGAAGGCUGAGGAGGCUGGGGAGGCCGAGGAGGCUGGGGAAGCUGAGGAAGCAGGAGAAGCCCAGGAGGCUGGGGAGGCCAACGAGGCUGAGGAGGCUGGGGAGGCCGAAGAGGCUGGGGAAGCUGAGGAAGCAGGAGAAGCCCAGGAGGCUGGGGAGGCCAACGAGGCUGAGGAGGCUGGGGAGGCCGAGGAGGCUGGGGAAGCUGAGGAAGCAGGAGAAGCCCAGGAGGCUGGGGAGGCCAACGAGGCUGAGGAGGCUAAUCCAGAAGGCCUGGAGGAUGUAAAGGGCCAGAAGGAACAGCCAACAAUCCAAGACCCUCCAAAGGCUGAGCCCAAGCUACAUGAGGCAGCAGAGGCUGCAGAGACCACAGGAAGUGCCAGAGAGCAUGCUUGCAGCAGCUGGAAUGAGGCCCUGCUUCCUGGGUCCCGCCUGGAUGUCUCUGUCCCGCGGAGCCGUGUACUUCUCUCCCGCAGCUCCUCACAGCGCCGCUCCCGGCCCUCUUUCCGUCGGACCCCUGCACCUGCACCACAGGAGGAGCCCCCCAGCCCACCGCCGGAGGCAGACCUGUCAGCCCCCCAGCAGAGACUUCUCCAGUCAGUGGAACCCCCAGAACCAAGCCCUCCAAAGCCUGAAGGGACCCCAGUGCCAGCCAGAAAAAGGCCCCUGGGACACGGGUAGGCAAGGGUUUGGCCUUGCACACUCUGGCAUGAUGCAGGAACUGCAAGCCCGACUGGGCCAGCCGAAGCCCCAGUGACUGGGAUCUGAGAUCCUGGGAGACAGGCCCUGAAUGCCAUCAGA